AACCACAUCGCUUCAUUGGUGUGAAAAAGUCAAGUCAGUCUGCUGUGAUCAACAACGCUGCUGCAUGCAUCACAUUUUGAUAGGAAGCAUGAAAGUUGGCUGGUGGAUCUGUGCGCUUGGAUUACUCAGCAUUCCAGCUGGAGUGAACACCUGGCUAGUUUCUCAGAAUCCUUCACGCACGUCUGUCGUGACCGUCAACUCCUUCUCGGAGAUAACAUGCUCCACCAGGUUGCCUGAUCCAGUAGGAGUGCGUUUAGGCAGGCAUUUUCGAGGCCAACGGGAUGUGCUGUACCUGUCCUUGGAGAGAGGACGGAUUGCCAAGAACACAACAGCUGCAGAAUUUGAGGGCCGAAUUCACAUAACACCUUUCAGCCACCCUGAACAGGGCCAUGGCUUCACUAUCAAACUGUCUCUGCUGCAGAAGGACGACAGUGACAUGUAUAUCUGUCAGUGGACCUUCCUCAAAUCAAACACUUGGACUACGAAGACCAUCCUCAGCAAUCACUCCUUUAUUGCUGUCAGAGAUGUGGAACAAUGCCAUAAGUCUUUGAAUAUCAUCUUGAUUGCCAUGAAUGUGAUGCUAUUAACUAUCACAAUGGCAGUAGGAGUAGUAAUUGUAAGGCACAGAUACAAAUUUAAAGGGCACUUCCAACCAUGGGGACGUUCAAAACCAACCAGAAAAUUCAGGAUACAACAUGUGUGCAAUCAUGAGAGGGGCCACAAUUAUCCUCACUUCGAAAGUGCUGUGGACAUCGGAUACUUACAUUACUAAGAUAUUUUUGCAACAUUCACGUUUUUUUUUCUUGCAUAAUGCAACAAAAAGCCCAGCCUGCAAACGGCAAAGGUGUUCAUUCCUGUUCUUUUUCUCUCCCUUUUCUGAUCAAAUUUGCUUUGCAAAGCUGUUUUUUAAGUAUACCUCAUCCUGCCUUUAAAUAUUGUUGUGUUCUGUGUUCGCCUGGAUGCUUCACUGACCAAAAUGCUGACCUAUGACCUAUAUCUGCUACCUGAGUGCUGCAAAAUGGUUGCUCGCUACUUUCCAAGAGGAUGAGUUAAAUGUAAAAUACAACUUUCACUGUAUGUUGUACAUGUGACAAUAAAUAUGGUCUUUCU